CUCUCGGUGUCCCGCCAUGCUGUGUCGGAGUUCCUACGAAGGACAGGCCUGCCUGUGCCCGUUGUGAACACCAUCUCCGAUAACACAGUCGCUACACGCGUUCGCGCUAUUAUCGCAGACUGGGACUUCGGUGGCAUCUCCACCGACCGUGUCCGCCGCCACACCGCCACAGGAAUUGGCAUGGCGACGACGACGUUUGGCCACAACCACCCCGACACCCAGGUGCACAUCGCGCUCUUCACAACCCUGGGCCUGUGCGUCGACGACCUCGAGGUCGACUCGGCCGCACUCGCUGAGUUUGUCGAUCGACUCCAGACGGGCAGGGCACAAUUGCAUCCUGUGCUCGAGCUGCUCGCCGACGCUGUGCGCCGAAUGCCCGAGUUCUUCCACCCGUACGCGGCAACGGCAAUCCUGAUCGGGACCGUGCACCAUAUCAAUUGCACGCUGUUCGAGAAGCAGACAGACAGUGCACCGCUCCAUCCCGUGGCCUUGCCGUAUGUCUUGUACAAGCGCGCGAGAAACAGUGCCGGCGAGGUCUAUUCGGCGUUUGUCUGGGACAAGUUCAACUUCCCAGACAUAUCGGCGCAUAUCCAGGUCACCCCGGAGACGAUGACCUACCUGGAUUAUGCCAAUGACAUCCUGUCGUUCUACAAGGAAGAGAUGGCCGGCGAGCGGCACAACUUCGUGCACGAUCGUGCGCGUGUCAUGGGAAAGGACGUAAAGACGGUGCUGUCGGACAUCCUGGACGAGGUUGUCGGUGCUGUCGAGCGCGCCAGGAAGAUCCUGCAAGGUGAGAAGGAGCGUGAGACGUGGGAGAAGUUCCUGGCGGGCUACGUUGCGUAUCACUUCCUCUCGCCGCGCUACGAGCUUGAGCAGCUCACCGAUGCCGCCGCAGCGUGAGCAGCUGCUGGUCAUCUCGAAGUGCUGUCAGCUCGAUAUUCAUAGAUUUUCUGACGCGACCUCCUCUUGUGGAUCCUAGACAUGUAUACAGUCUGGAAUAUGCAUCCUACCUUGAUACGCCG